AUGGUCGAAGACAAGAAAUCCGACGACUACACGGUCCACAUGGACAAGAUCGACCAGGGAAACAAGGAAUUCGGGGCUGCGCCGGCUACCCAGCCCCGGGUUGUCUCUCCUAGCACCAUCAGCAACAACCCCGCCUUCCCCGUCCUGGCCUACUGCGGAUCAUCAAUCCUCAUGACCGUGAUGAACAAAUACGUUUUGUCGGGAUUGGACUUUAACUUGAACUUCCUCCUGCUCUGCGUCCAGUCUCUGGUCUGUAUCACCGCGAUCCAGUCGUGCAAGUCCAUGGGCUUCAUUACCUACCGCGACUUCAGCGCCGACGAGGCAAGGAAAUGGUUCCCUAUCACACUGCUUUUGAUCGGCAUGAUCUAUACCGGCUCCAAGGCGCUUCAAUUCCUCUCGAUUCCGGUGUACACCAUUUUCAAGAACUUGACUAUUAUUCUUAUCGCGUAUGGCGAGGUGCUGUGGUUCGGUGGCUCGGUCACCGGGCUCACGCUGUUCUCUUUUGGCCUGAUGGUCGUGAGUUCGCUUAUCGCCGCGUGGGCCGACAUCAAGCAUGCCGUGGAGAGCAGCGGGGAUACCUCGACCAAGGUCUCGACUCUGAACGCCGGAUAUGUGUGGAUGUUGAUCAACUGCCUCUGCACCUCGUCCUACGUUCUGGGGAUGCGCAAGCGGAUCAAGCUGACCAACUUCAAGGACUUUGACACAAUGUUCUACAAUAACCUCCUGUCGAUCCCCGUCUUGAUUGUGUUCACGCUGCUGGUGGAGGACUGGUCUGCCGCCAACUUGGCCCGCAACUUUCCCGAGGCCAACCGCAACGGCAUCUUUACGGCGAUGAUCCUGUCGGGUCUCUCGUCGGUCUUCAUCUCGUACACUUCGGCCUGGUGUGUGCGCGUAACCUCGUCCACGACCUACUCCAUGGUUGGCGCCCUCAACAAGCUUCCCAUCGCCGUGUCCGGUCUGGUCUUCUUUGACGCCCCUGUCACCUUCCCCAGUGUGUCAGCCAUUGUAGUCGGUUUUGUGAGUGGCAUUGUCUAUGCGGUGGCCAAGAUCAAGCAGAACGCCAAGCCCAAGGUCGGGGUGCUGCCGACGUCCAACCCGCUGGUCAGCGCCAGCAGCAAGAGUAUGCGAGACUCGCUACGGUCUUGA